GGUAAUACAACAACGAAUAUUGCUGUUCCGUCUUAGAAAUUUCAAUACAGAUUUCAGAAGUGAAGUUGUUAUUCAGCACAAAGAUGUAUCGAGUAUUCAUUGUUAGCGCAUUUGUCGUGAUCUAUAUUGCUUCGACUUUUGCGGCUGAUACAAGUGUAAAGAUUGUUAAUGGCGAAGAGGCAAACAUAGAAGAUCAUCCAUGGAUGGUUUCAAUUCAGGCCAGAGAUAAUGAAGGCGGCACUUUUACUCAUAUUUGCGGAGGUGCAAUUAUUGACAGAAAUUGGGUUCUCACAGCUGCACAUUGUGUUAAUUAUCCUGCUUAUGAGGCAAAGAAUAUGAGAGUAGUAGCUGGAAGCUCCUUUUUGAGUCAGAUGAUACAGAUUAAACCCUUGAAUAAAUACUAUGUGCACGAAAAAUAUAAUACAGUUGGUGGCGAUGGAAUCGAACCUGACCUUAUGUUACUACAGCUCAAGACGCCGUUUAAAUUUGGAUCUACCAUUAAUAAAAUCGAGCUGGACAAGGAAACAGGGAACACUUAUGUUGGUGAAUUGUGCACAAUAUCUGGUUGGGGAACUACAAAUGCUAAUAAAUCUAGUGGGUCGAAUUAUCCUGAUCGUCUGCAAGUAUUGUCAAUGCCUGUUGUGGCUAAAGAUGACUGUCUGGCUUCCUGGUCUUUUGCAUCAAAUUUUUUGAAGAACAUCAUAUGUCUUCAGGAUGGGAAAAAGGAUUCUUGUAAUAGAGAUAGUGGUGGGCCUUUGGUUUGCAGUAAAAAGCUUGUAGGAGUAUUAUCGUUUGGUGCUUUUACAAUUUGCGAUGGAAGGGUUCCAAGUGUUCAUAUCAGAGUUUCUGCUUAUACAGACUGGAUUAAAGAAAAACUGAAAAAUAAAGAUAAGAAGAAUAACAAAGAUAAGAAAGGCAAGAACAAUGAAAAUAAUAACAAAGGAAAGAAAAAUAACAAAGACAAGAAAAACAACAAAGAGAAGAAAAAUAACAAAAAUUGAAUUUGACACUUAAA